UACUAGUUACUAACUAGGUAAUGAGUGAAGUAACAUCUGAUCUGACCUGAUCUCUUUCACAAAGAGUAAAGGUAAAGGGGAUGAAUCUAUCUAUCUAUCUAUCUAUCUAUCGGCAGUAGCAGUGGCAUUGGCAGAUUAGAUAGAUGGAGCGGAAAGGGAGGGAGAGCCCGGUCUCUAUCCGGCAGUGGAGCAGUGAUUCUGGGAAUGUGAUAUCGUCUCCAUCACAUUCACAUUCACAUUCACGUAAUGGGCAUGCUAGGUCAUCCUCCCUCACUGGAACCGGAAUUUCAACCAUCAAAAGGACUCAGAAUGUUGCUGCCAAAGCCGCCGCUCAACGCCUUGCCCAGGUUAUGGCUUCUCAGACUGCCGACAAUGAAGAAGAUGACGACGAUCUAGGAUUUCGCUAUACUGCUCCUCCACCUCUCUCUAUUUCCAGGCACUCCACUUCCACUCAUAGAUCUUCAUCUCCUGCGUUAGCUCGGAACCACCUUGUAGAUGAAUCUAUGUAUCUUCGUCCACCACCACCUAAUACUAAUACCAACAGACCACCUUUAAGCCAGCGGACUCCAGCUCCAAUUGACCCUCCCCCUCCCAUUCAUAAUAAUAAAAGAUUUCCGUUUGAUACUGGACUUGUUCAACCAAAAGAUUCAGGAGAUCAGCGUCAGGCUUCUGCACUUCGUGAUGAGGUUGAUAUGCUACAGGAAGAAAAUGAAAGUAUUCUUGACAAGCUCAGACUUGAGGAAGAGAGUUGCAAAGAAGCCGAGGCUAGAGUUAGGGUGCUUGAGAAGCAGGUUGCUUCCCUUGGAGAAGGUGUAUCUUUGGAAGCUAAACUCUUGAGCAGAAAGGAAGCCGCAUUGCGUCAAAGAGAGGCUGCACUUAAAAAUUCCAGAGACUGUAGGGAUGGAGUUGAUACAGAAAUCACAUCUCUACAGGCUGAAGUUGAGAAUGCCAAAAUUGAGACUGAGGCUGCAGUGAGACAGCUAAAUGGAGCUGAAUCUGAAGUGAAAGCUCUUCGAUCAAUGACACAAAGAAUGAUAUUAACUCAGAAAGAAAUGGAGGAAGUUGUUCUAAAGAGGUGUUGGCUUGCUCGUUAUUGGGGGUUAGCAGCAAAAUAUGGCAUCUGUGCAGAUGUUGCAGUUUCCAAGUACGAACUCUGGUCAUCCUUAGCUCCUCUUCCAUUUGAGGUCGUUGUUUCUGCAGGACAAAAGGCUGAGGAGGAAUGCUGGGAAAAAGGCGAAGAUGCAAUGGAGAAGCGCAGCAAACUUGUUCCAGAUCUGAAUGAUCUUAUUGGAGAAGGAAAUAUUGAAAGUAUGCUUUCCGUUGAAAUGGGACUGAAGGAGCUUGCUUCUUUAAAGGUUGAGGAUGCUAUUGUGCAAGCAUUAGCCCAGCAGCGGCGUCCAAAUUCUGCUCGACAAUUAGUCUCAGAUAUUAAAUCACCUGGGGACCCUAAGUUUAUGGAAGCUUUUGAACUUAGUCCAGAGGAAUCUGAGGAUGUUCUCUUCAAGGAGGCUUGGCUGACAUAUUUCUGGAGAAGAGCCAAGGCUCACAGUAUAGAGGAGGACAUUGCCAAAGAUCGUCUUCAUUUUUGGAUUGGUCGGAGUGGGCAUUCGCCUACCUCACACGAUGCUGUUGAUGCCAAAACCUGGAUGUGUCAACCCAGUAUUACACUAAUUUGCUGGGAAGAAAAGGCUCAGUUUAGGUGUAACCAGUAACAUAUGGCUUGGGUUUAUGUUUUGAGAAUUGUGGUUUGAUACGAAACGGAAAGUAAGAAUUUUAAAUGCCAUUGCAUCUCCUUGUUUUCUUUCUGUCUUUGAGUUUUGUAGUCAAUAACCAUUUAUUACACUAAGCACCAAUCAUAUGUGGCCACGUGAGGAUUCUUAUGUUUCGAAACUUUCCCUGUCCGUAUUAAAUAGCAGUCCUCUUAUGUUUUACUACAGAUCACCUUUAUUCGCCGAAGAUAUAGUUAACACUCCUUAUUAUGUGCAAGAAGACUUGGUUGAGGACAAUCAUGGAGACUUAAAGGAGUGUUUUUAAGUUGGAGACCUAAGAUUGCACUUCAAAAACAUAAAUACCACAUCUAAAUUUCUCCAAUUAUGUCGGUCCUCUCACAAAUACAUCACAGAUAAUGCUUUAAUUUCACCUCCAUUGAUGACGACUUUAACUAGGCUAAGAGAUGAACUCUUGCUUAAUAUUCUCAGGAAUUUGCAUGGUCUUAAUUAUAUG